CUCCCCGCUCGCUGCUCCUCCGUGUCCACUCCGUGUCCUCUAAGAAUCGCGCGCCUUGUGCGAGACAUCACCGGACCAGGCUUUUCGGCUACCCAAGGAACCGCAUUAAACACCGGGGGGGGGGGGGAGCUGACGACUCCUUUAGUCGCUGUGGCUGGCCAGAAUAGAAGGGUCACCGUCCAUAGGAGAGACACACAGAGAGAGGGCGACUGGCGCCCAGAGUUUCUGAACGAGCCGGAGCGCGAGGCGAAGAGGAGCGGAGACGACUCCCGAACCGCGCUGGUCGCUGCUGCCCCAGCGGCGAGAAAGUUACUGCGCCCGACAAACAAGAGCAGCCCUGCUGCGGCUGCUGCUGCUGCCACGCAAUGAACGCGGCUCCGCUGCUGGAGUCGCCGCUGCCAGAAGCGACGAUGGAGCCGCGGCCAUGCGGCCCGUAGCGGCCACCCCGGGUCACCUGGCGCCCAGGAGCGCGCCCGGACCCCGGCGCGGAACAAUCACCACCAGCAGCGCCAUGCGCGCACGCACCGCCGGUGCCCCUGAACGCACAGCCGCUUCCAGACAGCGCGGUGGCGCAUCGGGAGCCCCGGAGGGCGGCGUGGGAGGCCCCGAGGGCGCAGCAGCAGCAGCCUUUAGAGAGCGCGCAGCGAGUUCCAAAGAGCGCACAGCGAGAGCACGAGAGAGCAGAACGGCGGCGGCGUCUCUGCUGCUGCUCCUCAUGGCGGCCUCCGCCUCCAUCCCCCCCGGGGCGAGCGGGCGGCACACAAUGAGCACGACGCCACCGUCCUCGGGCCUACAGGUGCGACCCGCCAACCCCAUCGACCCCGCCGACUCUGUCGACCCCGACCACCUCGCUGACCUCAUCGCACCCACGGCGCCCCCCGCCCUGACCAGCACCGCCGAGGAUGACGCGCGGCACCAGCAGCACGACUCGAGGCUCGGCUGGGCACCCGGCGUCCCCGGGCCCCUUCGGCGAGUCCUGCUCCGCACGGAGCGCUCGCUACACGGGGAGAAGCGGAGCCGCCUGGGCAAGAAGGGCGGUCGUGGCCGCGGCGGCGGCGGCGGUGGUCGCGGCCGCAAGGCCGAGCAGUCGUGCCGGUUGCGUGUCGUGCAGGUCACCGUGAGGGAGCUGGGACUGGGCUAUGACUCGGACGAGACGCUGCGCUUCAAGUACUGUGGCGGCAGCUGCCGCCAGGACCGCAACAUGUACCAGAUGGUGCUGGAGCACUUGCUCGACCUGAAGGGUGACCUGGUGGCAUCGCGGAGUAGCGCGCAGCCCUGCUGCCGGCCCGUGGGCUUCGAAGACGUGUCCUUCAUGGACUCGUCGCUGGAGUGGAAGACGCUGGAGAACGUCUCCGCCAAUGGCUGCAGGUGCCUGCGCUGACGAAGCCCCGCGCGGCGAACCGACGAACCGUGUUCGGGCGGACGAGCAAACGAGGGAGCUCCCCCUCCACCCCCCGCUCCCCCCCCCCCCGCCGUGGAGACGGAGCGAGGAGGACCGGCCUGACGGAAGGGGGACUCGUGCUGAGGCUCGCACACGCUGUACAUUUUGUGAAGACUCUUCCCUUAUUCGGUGUCGUCGUCGUCGUCAUUGUGGUCUCAUGUGACGCGCCAGCGUACAUUUAGUUCGGUGUAUAGUAUUAGCAGCGCUGUGUCCUCCACCUUCAUCUUCGACGCAGACCCCCACCGGGGGAGCGAGAGUUAAGUGUUCCAUUACACAGCUGUAGGGGUUCAACCUGUGGGAUGUUCUAUUCGUACCCUGGUUGUAGAGGGCGGGGGGGGGGUGGUUAUGUGCAGUCCAGGUGUAUCUCAGUGACAAUGUGCAGGUGAAGAAAGUGGGGGAGGGGUGCUGUAUGUGUGGGAUGCUGGGAGGAGGGUCGCGUGCCCCGAUUGGACGACAGAAGAGGCUCCCUUCAUUAGCAAUUGACAGGUUCAUUUUGAACUGUAACAAUGGUUGAUGCAAUGCAUUUUUAAAUAUAAUUUUGUAACUGCAAAAAAAUCUAUUUAAUACGUAUUUAUUUUAUUUAUGCAGGUAACUUAUAUGUUGACUGACGCUGUGUAUUUUAUUUGUACCUGUAAACGGUUCUCAUUAAACCUCACGUGUUAAGA